AUGAUCGUGUUCAUGGACUACAUUGCCCACGCCUUCGGGACGGCGACCGAUUGGAAUCCUGACAACAGCUAUUCCUCUCUGACCGCAACGUCCGAUGCAUUACUCUCGUUCUACACUCCCUCGACAUUGUCGCUGCACGUCUCGUCUCUGAGCACCCCGAAUUUCGCAUCUUCAUAUACCUUGUCGACAUUGGGACACAUAGAUGGCUCCAUAUCCUACCUUUACUCUAGCAUCCCACUGGGCCACGUUCCUUCGGAAGCACCUAGCAUCCCCUUGAAAUAUUUGGCCCCGGGAUACAGAGAUAUAAGGCUGCCCCUCGCUUUCACACCGAAUAAAAAGAAGGACCUAUCGAAUAUCUUAAGCAAAGACGGUAGAAAGCCAAUCUUGCUGCGGGCGACUCUAGAGCUUCCCCCUCCAUCAGUUCUGUCGGCGCUAUAUGCACGCCGCAUCAGCCCGGAGACUCUCCUCUCCGUUUCAAUAUACAGCAAAUCGGUUUCCCCUCCAGUUACGAAUUCUGGCCCUCCACCAGCCUCGGUUCUUGCCCAUAUUCAACACGACGCAGGCCAGUAUUCAAUCGAGGGACUGGGCUCGACAGACAAUGGCAUCCUGGGGGUCAGAGGUCUCUGGAAUUUCGGUCUUAGCCCACCCAAGACGUCAACUGAUAUUUCGUCGACAGCCGAUCUACCGCCGCAAAGUCUAGGUGCACCUGAGAGCCUCACGGAAAUCCAUUCACCACGACUAGGGUUUCCGCCCCAAGCAGACACAUUGACCGCAUAUCAAAAUCGUCUUGGCUCGAAACCAUCCCUACUAUCCGCUGGUGCGGAAUUCUAUUACAGUCCUUUUUCACACGUCAUUGGCCUGUCGACGGGCCUGCGCUUCACCACGCUCACACCGCAUAUCACACGCUCGGAACAACCAUCGCCACCGCCUCGCCUGAAUCCUUUACCAAAUAAGCCGCUAGCAGGAACGUCUGCCGCCCUCCUCUCUACAGCGUCUCACACUUUACUCACUCCCUCAAACGUGCCGCAUUCUUCAUUUCCAUACACGAUGACCUUAACUCUAACUCCCCUCACGGGAUCGAUAUCGUCCACUUAUUCUGUACGGCCAACAUCGGCACUGUCCCUGUCGUCCAAAUUCGACUUCAAUUUUUAUUCAUGGGAGUCGCGAUAUGUUGUAGGUGGGGAGCUGUGGCGGCCUCGACGUCGGCCGAACUCUUCUUCCUCCGCUUUUUCCCGACACACAGACAACGACUCUACUGCCACCAGUUCUGACAACGAGACAGACGGGGAUCCAAUCCAAUGGGCUCGUACACUCACGAAAGACUGGUUCAGCCCGACGGAACGCGCUCUCAAGGAAGAACGGAUUGAACGGGAGGAAGAGAACGUGCUGAAUUUCCGAGUAGACGAUUCUUGGAAUGUCAAAGCGCUUUGGACAGGGAGGGUCAAGAGUUUGCUUGUCGAGGUUGGAUUCUCGGUGAAUCCUGUUACCGGAGCUGCGGCUGGUGGAACGAACGCGGGGGCCGGGAAAAAGACCCCUGGGAAGCCAGUUGGGACAGCGGUUGACGGAGGCGGAAUCAAGAAAUGGACGGGCAGCGUGGGUGUAAGCAUUGCCUACUCAACCUGA